AUGGCAAACAGCUGCCCAGGGACGAGUUCUGUGACUGAAGUUGUGGAAUUCAGAAUGGCUGCAAUGAUGCUUCAGGUCGCCCCAGAGCAGGAUGAGCUGUGUGACAGGAUGCUCAUUCCUGGGACUGUGGGGACAGAGAUGAGACGAAAAGUCCAGCAGCAGACUAAUGGCACCAGAAUUGGCAUCUACUCAAUGUUAAUGGUGACAGCAGGCAGGCCACGGAUUCAGGAGUUCACGGCCAUAGUGUCCCUGAACCAAUUCAUGCAGGACUUCAUUUUAGUAAAGAUUGCAGGUGUGGACAUGGGGACCACAGCAGAAGUCCUCUGGCUCUGUUUCCUGGGAUGCAUCAUCCACACAGCAGCAGAAGCAGAGAUUCCUCUAAAAAGAACUGGCAAUCACUUCGCAAAUGAGUUCCCAGUGCUCAUCAAACGCAUCUCUGGUGGCUUGCCUUGCAUUCCACACUCCCAGCCCUGGAUAGCCGCACUGUUUGACGAUCAUGAUGCAUACUGUGCUGGAGUUCUGGUGCAUCCACAGUGGGUGCUGUCAGCUGCACACUGCUGGAACACGUCCUACACCAUUGGGCUGGGCCUCCAUGGACUUUUUGAUUGGUUUGAAUCAAGCAGCCAAAUCAUAGAGGCCAAUUUCUCCGUGAAACACCCACAGUACAUCACACCUUCAAAUGGUAAUGACCUCAUGCUCAUCAAGUUGAACAGACCAGUUGUCGAAUCAGACACCAUCCGGACCAUCCGCAUCGCGUCCCGAUGUCCGAGACCUGGAACCAGGUGCCGGAUCUCUGGCUGGGGUCAGCUCUUGAAUGGCUACUACCCUUCGGAUCUGCAGUGUGCUAUUAUUCCAGUGGUUUCGAAGCAGUAUUGCAAAUAUGUGCUUCGUUCAAAGUACCAUGACAGUAUGUUCUGCGCUGGUACUCAGGGCUACAAGGACGCAUGCCCGGCAGACUCUGGAGGCCCUGUGGUCUGCAAUGGGGUCCUGCAGGGCCUUGUGUCCUUUGGAUUCAAACCCUGUGGCCAACCUGGAGUUCCAAGCGUCUACACCAACCUCUGCAAAUUCAAAGACUGGAUAAAUGAAAUCAUCAGGACCAGAUAA